AUGAGAAAUAAGUCACAGAGUCACUUCAAUAAAAGGUAUAGGUCAAAUAUAUCCGAAUGUUCAGAGACAAGCACAGCAGCAAGUUCUUCCUCUAGUGGAAAUCAAAGCUCUUCAGUGCCAGAACUUCCUGGUUUUUACUAUGAUCCCGAAAAGAACAAGUAUUUCCGCCUUCUUCCGGGACACAAUAACUGCAACCCAUUGACUAGAGAAGGUAUAUUGCAAAAGGAAAUGGAACGGAAAAGACUGCAACUUCUUGAAGAAGACAAAAAUAGGAAGAAAUCCACGAGGCCAGGAUUAAAUGCAUCUAUGCUAGUGUGGAAACGUCAGCUUGGACUGAUGCCAUUUACAACCUACUGCAGACGUGCUCAUGAGCUGAAAGUGAACUGUAUGCAGAGAAAGGAAGUACAAAUUGUCAACCCAGAGCCUGCUGGUCCAGGAACACACAAGUUUGAGUUUAUUCUGGCAGAUUCAGCAAGCCAAAGGUUAUUUGCAGUAAGUGACAUGGAGAAUGGGUUCUGUAAAUACGGUCUUCUGAACCUUAAUGGACUGUGGAAAGAUGCGCCCACUGUGGAAAGUCACGACAAUCCCUACUUUACAAAUCAUAAGGUAAACGUUGCAUGUUGGGCCACACUCACUGGACCAGACUCGCAUGUCCUUAUUUCUCUCCUAGGAAAGCACGAUAGUCCAGGCUGCGUUAGCCUUAUUCCAGCAUGUCUGUUCAAGAACUUGGCCCCUGACGCUGACUUUGAAGGACUGAAGAAUCAAGUCCUGGUAAUGAACACUGUAACAGAUGUUCGGAGAACAUUUAAAAUUAAUAGUGAUGUUUUGGCCCAGCAGUUUGCUACAGAGAACUUACUGCUGUACAAUGGCUGCCGCUCUGGAGAGGUGUUCUCUAUUGAUAUGCGUGUCCCUGCACUUUCUCCUUCUAACUGGAAAAAGGGGACAUCUUUUUUCCAGAAUUCUGCCAUCACUUGUUUGCAUCUUCUCCGGGAUGAAAAUUACCUCUUGGUUUCGGAUAUGUCUGGACAGAUCAAAUUGUGGGAUAUGAGGAUGGUAAAAUGUUUACAGCAGUAUGAGGGACAUAACAAUAGUUAUGCUUAUUUACCACUCCAUGUUAAAGAAGACGAAGGAUUGCUUGUUGCAGUUGGCCAGGAUUGCUACACAAGAAUUUGGAACCUGCAAGAUACCAGACUACUCCGGACUAUCCCAUCUCCACACCCAGCAUCCAAGGACACCAUACCGAGUGUGGUGUUUUCUUCCCACUUAGGAGGGAAAAGGCAAAUGGUUCCUGGCCUCCUUAUGGCUGUUCAGAAAGACUUGUAUCACUUUACAUACAACAUAAAUAAGGGUUAAUAACAAAUUUGAUGGCAAGCUUGGAAAAUCUACCAGUUACUAGAGCCUUUGCAU